AUGCCUAAAACCAAUAAAGAUAUAGAGCAACAGAUUCAGCUAGCUCUCGAUUCUCUAUCUAAGCAGAUAAAGGCGAAUAUCUCGAAAACUGCGCGAGAAUUCGCGGUUCCCAUGCACCGACUACGCCGGCGAUGGAGCAGGCUUUAUCUAAAGCGUUUUCUUAAACGUAAUCCUAAGUACUAUGUACGACGCCGGCGAGCCCUUAAUGUCGAAAGGGCUAGUGCACUUAAUAAAACCGUGGUAGAGAGAUAG